GGCGCGCAGGACGCGGCGGCGGGCGGGCUGGAGCGCGGUGGCCGAGCGCACGGGGCCGCGGCCGCGCGGAGCCCGCCAUGCCGGCGCGGCGCUGAGGCGCGGCGAGCCAGGGCCGAGGCGAGCGGCCCGGCCGGGGCCCGAUGAGCGGCGGCCUCGGCCUCCGGCGCAGCCCGGAAAUGUCCGGCAAGCUCGAGAAAGCAGACUCUCAGCGUUCUCACCUCUCUUCCUUCACAAUGAAGCUCAAGGACAAAUUCCACUCGCCCAAAAUCAAGAGGACCCCGUCCAAGAAGGGAAAGCCAGCCGAGGUGUCUGUGAAGGUUGUGGACAAGCCCGUGAGCAAAGAGGCAACAGACAGAUUUCUACCAGAGGGCUACCCUAGCCCCUUGGAUCUGGAGCAGCAGGCAGUAGAAUUUAUGUCCACCAGUGCUGUGGCUUCCAGGUCUCAAAGGCAGAAGAACCUGAGCUGGCUGGAAGAGAAGGAGAAGGAGGUGGUCAGUGCCCUGCGCUACUUUAAGACCAUUGUGGACAAAAUGGCCAUUGACAAGAAAGUCCUGGAGAUGCUUCCGGGCUCGGCCAGCAAGGUGCUGGAGGCCAUCUUACCCUUGGUGCAGAGUGACCCCCGCAUUCAGCACAGCUCAGCCCUCUCCUCUUGCUACAGCCGAGUGUACCAGAGUCUCGCCAAUCUCAUCCGUUGGUCUGACCAAGUGAUGCUGGAGGGUGUGAAUUCGGAAGACAAAGAGAUGGUGACGACUGUGAAAGGGGUCAUCAAGGCUGUGCUGGACGGAGUGAAGGAGCUGGUCAGGCUGACUGUGGAGAAGCAGGGGCGGCCGUCUCCAACAAGCCCAGUGAAGCCCAGUUCCCCAGCCGGCAAGCCUGAUGGCCAAGCCGAGCUCCCCCUGACGGCCCGAGAACUGGAGAGUCUCAACAAGGCAAGUGGGGGGCCGCAGUCAGCUGAGCUGCUCCCAGACUCCAUGGACGAAGAGGCCGCGCCCCCCAAACCCCCCUUACCAGGCAUUCGGGUGGUUGACAGUCCACCAGCACUGCCUCCCAAGAAAAGACAGUCGGCUCCCUCCCCAACCCGCGUGGCCGUGGUCGCCCCCAUGAGUCGAGCUACCAGCGGCUCCAGUUUGCCUGUUGGAAUCAAUAGGCAGGAUUUCGAUGUUGACUGUUACGCACAGAGGCGGCUCUCCGGAGGCAGCCACUCGUACGGGGGCGAGUCGCCCCGUCUCUCCCCCUGCAGCAGCAUGGGCAAGCUCAGCAAAUCGGAUGAGCAGCUCUCAUCUCUGGACAGGGACAGCGGGCAGUGCUCCCGGAACACAAGCUGUGAAACACUAGAUCAUUACGACCCUGACUAUGAAUUCCUCCAGCAAGACCUCUCGAACGCAGACCAGAUACCUCAGCAGGUGGCCUGUAACCUUAGCCCACUGCCGGAGUCCUUCGGGGAGUCGGGAUCUUCGUUUCUUGGCCGUCCUUUCCAGCUGUCGCUCAGCAGCUGUCCCCAGCCUGAGGGCCAGCAGACGGACACGCCGCCCGCUCUGCCCGAGAAGAAGCGGCGGAGCGCGUCCUCCCAGACCACGGACAGCUCGGGCUGCAGGGUGUCCUACGAGCGGCACCCCUCACAGUACGACAACCUCUCGGAGGACGACCUGCAGAACCCGGCCGCCGGCCAGCCCGUGCCCUACACGCCCUUCGCUGCUAUCCUCCCCUUCACGCAAGGGGCUCCCUCGGCUCCUGUUGAAUUUGUGGGUGAUUUCACUGCUCCCGAAUCUACGAGUGACCCAGAAAAGCCACCGCCUCUACCAGAGAAGAAAAACAAACACAUGCUGGCCUACAUGCAGCUGCUGGAGGACUACUCGGAGCCGCAACCCUCGGUGUUCUACCAGACGCCGCAGAACGAGCACAUCUACCAGCAGAAGAACAAGCUGCUCAUGGAGGUGUACGGCUUCAGCGACUCCUUCAGCACGGGCAGUGACUCGCUGCAGGAGCUGGCCCCACCGCCCGCCCUGCCCCCCAAGCAGCGGCAGCUGGCCUCCUGUGCUGCUUCUUCCUUCUCCUCUGUCUCCUACUGUAUCCAGCAAACUAAAGUGGCCUUCACCCCCGAGGACAGCAGUGCCACCCAGGGCCUCAGUGUGUCGGUCUCUAACUCCUUUCUCAGCCGGCACGGCAGCUUGCCCGUGCCCUCGUAUAAGUCCGUGUUUAGGUCCUACUCCCAGGACUUCGCGCCUCACCACCAAGCUCCCACUCCGCCUUUCCCUCCGCCUACCUCUUCUUCCUCUCCGCAUUUCCCACCUGUCCACCAGUCUCAGAGCUCGGACUUAGCGGUGCCCGCCGUGGCUAGUGCACCUGCCUGCACCGUGAACGGGCCUCUCUCGUCUUCCCAGGAGAGCAGCUUCCGUGGGGACACUGGCUGCCUUCCUUCUGAAACCUCUUUCACUGACUCGAGUGAACAUGCCAGUGAGGAAGCUGGUGAGGGUGAAUAUGUCAAUCUCUGUUCCUCUGGCCAGAACAGCGAGGAACUGGCUCCUUCUCGAGGAGAGUCACCAGCUGGGAAAGAUGCCCAUGCCAGGGAUCUUUCAGCGGCCAGCGGCACAGCCGGGACAGACAGCAGAGAUGGCAGUGAGAGGACCCCCAAGUCCCCAGACGCCCUGGAGAUGGCUUCAUCCGAGGAGGAAGUAGACGAGCUGUCCCUCAUCGACCACAAUGAAAUCAUGGCCCGGCUGACUCUGAAGCAGGAGGGGGACGACGGACCAGACGUCCGUGGAGGAUCAGGGGACAUCUUACUGGUCCAUGCCACAGAAACAGACAGGAAAGACCUGGUGCUGUACUGCGAGGCCUUCCUGACCACCUACCGGACCUUCAUCACCCCCGAGGAGCUCAUCAAGAAGCUGCAGUACAGGUACGAGAAGUUCUCUCCCUUCGCUGACACCUUCAAGAAGCGCGUGAGCAAGAACACGUUCUUCGUGCUGGUGCGUGUGGUGGACGAGCUCUGCCUGGUGGAGCUGACAGAAGAGAUCCUGAAGCUCCUCAUGGAGCUGGUCUUCCGCCUCGUGUGCAGCGGGGAGCUCAGCCUGGCCCGCGUGCUCCGAAAGAACAUUCUAGACAAGGUGGACCAGAAGAAGCUGCUGAGAUGUGCCAACUCCGACCAGCCGCUGGCCGCCAGGGGAGUCGCGGCCAGGCCAGGGACCCUGCAUGACUUCCACAGCCAUGAGAUCGCCGAGCAGCUAACGCUGUUGGAUGCUGAGCUCUUUUAUAAAAUAGAGAUUCCUGAGGUUUUGCUUUGGGCCAAAGAGCAGAAUGAGGAGAAGAGCCCCAACCUGACGCAGUUCACGGAGCACUUCAAUAACAUGUCCUACUGGGUCCGGUCCAUCAUUAUGCUGCAGGAGAAGGCCCAGGACCGGGAACGGCUACUCUUGAAGUUCAUCAAGAUCAUGAAGCACUUACGGAAGCUCAACAACUUCAACUCCUACCUGGCCAUCCUGUCCGCGCUGGACUCGGCCCCCAUCCGCCGAUUAGAGUGGCAGAAGCAGACUUCGGAGGGUCUAGCCGAGUACUGCACGCUGAUCGACAGCUCGUCCUCCUUCCGAGCCUACCGGGCCGCCCUCUCAGAGGUGGAGCCUCCCUGCAUCCCCUACCUGGGGCUGAUCCUGCAGGACCUGACCUUCGUCCACCUGGGGAACCCCGACCACAUCGACGGGAAGGUGAACUUCUCCAAGCGCUGGCAGCAGUUCAACAUCCUGGAUAGCAUGCGCUGCUUCCAGCAGGCGCAUUACGACAUCCGCAGAAAUGAUGACAUCAUCAACUUCUUCAACGACUUCAGUGACCACCUGGCCGAGGAGGCCCUUUGGGAACUGUCCCUGAAAAUUAAGCCCAGAAACCUCACGAGACGGAAGACAGACCGGGAGGAGAAGACCUAGCGGCCCCCCAGGCCUGGGGACCGCCCGCACUGCACUGCCGGGCGUCGGGGCCAGGGGCCCAGGUGACCUCGGCUCCGUGGGCCACUCCUCCCCGAUGAGCAGAGUGAAGUGGAGACAGCCAGUCUGC